AUUCGUCACUAUUGUAACAGCGAUCUGGGCGAGACGAUCACUAUGCCGCAAUUCAACGUAUUCGUGCCAAAGACUCACGAACUAGGCGUUAUCAUUUUAGAUCGCCCACAAAAUCCAAAGUGUGAAUCGGUGCGUGUACGCGUGUCGUCGGGCGGCACUCCGUGGCCGAUGCAGCAUCAGGCCAACACUAUGGAACCGCUUCAUGAAUACGAGAAUGUUGAGGAUUAUCCACGGAAGAGAAUCAAAUUUGUGCAUUAUUCAACUGGGGCGACGAACGUCACCUAUCAGCAGCACAAGACUGGUCGUGAAGAAAGAGCCGCUGUUCUGGGAAAACAUGACGGAUUUCGUGGAUGCACAAUUUGGUUCACCGGUCUGUCCGGAGCUGGAAAGACGACGAUUGCGUUUGCCGUCGAGAAGAUUCUGACGCAG